AUGUCCUCUCCUCCGUCCGGAAAACGCAAGCGCAGUGGCUCCCAACACCAUCCUACUGCCGUUCCUGCGCCUGCAGAUCUUUUGCAACCUUCCUCCCGCGAUGCGUCCGGCGAGGAAGGCGACGACUCCACCGGCCCAGCUAUUCCACUGCCCAGCCCCAGCAAACACAAGAAACAGCCGUCCCAGGACGUAACAUCGACCGGCGCUGUGCCCCCGUCCAAGCGGGCCCGGAAGGCUUCCGUCAGCGACAACAAUAACCACGGUCAUCUGUCCAACGGCAAUGCGGCGGGAGCGCUAAACAAGGAAGACCCGGGCGAGCCGUCCGAGACUACCGUGGCCAGCAGCGACAUCGAGAGUCAGAGCACCCGACCGGGCUUGCAAAUCGACACGACGGCACCCCCAGAGCACUUGUUGGAGCCUCCAAAACGCGGUGGGCUCCAGGAUCCCGUCGGUUAUCACACCAACCCGCCUCCAGUGGGUCGCCCGGUGCGGGUGUACGCGGACGGAGUGUUCGAUUUGUUCCACUUGGGUCACAUGCGGCAGUUGGAACAGGCGAAGAAGGCUUUCCCCGACGUAUAUCUGAUUGUCGGUGUCACGGGUGAUGAGGAGACACACAAGCGCAAGGGAUUGACGGUCUUGAGUGGCGCAGAGCGUGCAGAGUCCCUGCGGCACUGUAAAUGGGUGGACGAGGUGAUUCCCGAUUGUCCUUGGAUUUUGACCCCGGCGUUCCUCGAGGAGCACAAGAUUGAUUAUGUGGCACAUGACGACCUGCCGUAUGGUGCGGAUGAGGGCGACGACAUCUACGCCCCGAUCAAGCGAGAGGGGAAAUUCCUGGUCACGCAGCGCACGGAAGGUGUCAGCACUACGGGCAUCAUCACCAGGAUUGUCCGCGACUACGAUCAAUACAUUUCGCGCCAAUUCAAGCGCGGAGCCUCGCGUCAGGAACUGAACGUGUCAUGGAUCAAGAAGAACGAGUUGGAGAUCAAGCGUCAUGUGUCGGAGCUGCGCGACAACAUCCGGGCCAACUGGACUACCACGGGCCAGGAAUUGGGUCGCGAGCUGCGCCAGUUCUGGCAGAACAGCCGCCCCGGCAGCCCGGCGCCCAGCACCCGCAACAGCGUGGACUUGGGCGGCUCGCGCAGUGGACUGACGAGCGGACUGACGAGUCCCGUGCUGGGGAACAAGUCGCAUGUCUCGCGGGUUGAGGCUCUGGGCCGUCCCGACAGCCCCAUGGGCACUGGCCGCAACGAACCCCCUGAUUACUUUGCCACUGGGUACAGUCUGGGUCUGAUUGGUGGCGUUCGAUCAUGGAUGCGCAGCCGUCGCUCGUUAGUGGGCAGUCGGGCCCCUUCCCCCACCAGCGAGGAGGAACAUGAAUCAGAGGCCGAGCGCAGCAGCGGCCAACAGCUACAACAAGAACACGAGUAUGAACAACAACAUGCAGCUGGUUCCCGGGCAUGA